UGACUUAUAAAUGAGGAGCUCUGAUAGACUCACUCCUCAGAGCAGUGACUUCCUCGUCUAAAUUCUUUCUUUGGAGAGUGAAAUCUUUCUUUUGGCUUCAGCUAGUAUUCCUGAGUCAGCAGAGUAUAAUCUACAGGCCUCUCUGGGCCUGAUGUGAUGUCAUUACUGUCAAGGAUUGUCCCACAUCCCCUAGGCCCAAUCUAAUCAAAACCAAAUAAAAAGACCUCACGGAAGGAGUCACCUUUUUAAUCCAGAUGGAUCGCUUUGUGACCUUAUGUAACGGAGUUUUAACUUCCGCAGAAGUGUUAAUCCAGGUAUAGCGGGAGAAAUUGGUUACAGCAGACACCUCCUUGCUCAGCCAACAGAUGAUCAAGGGCUAUCCUGUUAUCAAGAACAACUUAAGCCAGACAGUCUAAGGAUCUUUGUUGGGCAGUUAUUGCUUUCACAGUGGAUUCUGCAACAAUUUCAAGAAUUAAAGAGGAGCUCCUGAUCACAGCCUCAUUUAUAUUUAUCCGUUGCCAGAGAAGUCGGAACCUGCCAAAGGAGUGAGUCCCGAAUCACGAGAGCCUCCUGAGCUCUCCAGUGUCUCCAGGACCAGGGGUCAUAUUGAGUCUUCUUCAUCUGUGCAAUAUGUACCCAAGGCUCUACAUCUUCUAGUUUUGUAGCCGUGUCAGUGGUCAGGAACACCUGACCAGCAGGAAAUCUUUGAAAGCAGAGGAGGUUGUUCCUCCCCUAUGGUUGGCGUGGCCAGCUGGAUCAACUUCCGCUGGAUAUUUGCUCCGAAGAUUCUGCAGCUUUGAGGUCUUGGGAGAUCUGACGUACAGCCGGCAGAAGGACUUGCUCUGUUUAUCAGCAGUCAUUGGACUUCAGCAUGAUUACUCCCCAGUGGCUGGCUUAUGUGGCAAUUUCAGUUUCCUGUGUCUUAAAAGUCAGCUCCCUGGAUACCUUUAUUGCAGCUGUUUAUGAACACGCCGUGAUAUUGCCUAAUACCACCCUAAUACCAGUGUCCCGUGAAGAGGCAUUGGCGUUAAUGAACCGAAAUCUGGAUCUUUUGGAGGGAGCGAUCACUUCAGCAGCAAAACAGGGUGCACAUAUUAUUGUGACUCCAGAAGACGGUAUCUAUGGCUGGAAUUUUAACAGAGAAACUAUCUAUCCAUACUUGGAGGAUAUCCCAGACCCUCGAGUGAACUGGAUCCCUUGUAAUUAUCCCAACAGGUUUGGCCACACCCCAGUGCAAGAAAGACUCAGCUGCCUGGCCAAGCACAACUCUAUCUACGUUGUGGCAAAUAUUGGGGACAAGAAGCCAUGCAAUGCCAGUGACCCUCAGUGUCCCCCCGAUGGCCGUUACCAGUACAAUACUGAUGUGGUGUUUGAUUCUCAGGGAAAACUGGUGGCACGCUACCAUAAGUACAACCUUUUCAUGGGUGAGGAUCAAUUCAACGUACCAAAGAAGCCUGAGGUUGUGACUUUUGACACCAUCUUUGGAAGAUUUGGCAUUUUCACAUGCUUCGAUAUACUCUUCCAUGAUCCCGCUGUUACUCUGGUGAAAGAUUUCCAUGUGGAUACCAUAGUUUUCCCAACAGCGUGGAUGAAUGUCUUGCCACAUUUAUCAGCUAUUGAAUUCCACUCGGCUUGGGCAGUGGGCAUGGGGGUUAACUUCCUUGCAGCCAACAUACACCACCCCCACAAGAGGAUGACAGGAAGCGGCAUCUAUGCACCUGACUCUCCAAGAGCAUUUCAUUAUGACAUGAAGACAAAGGAGGGAAAACUCCUCAUCUCACGACUGAAUUCUUCUUCAUACGACCCUGGAGUGGUAAAUUGGGCUUCUUAUGCCAGUAGUAUAAAAGCAUUCUCCACAGGAAAUCAGGAAUUUAAAAAUACUGCGUUUUUUGAUGAAUUCACCUUCUUGGAGCUCACAAGAGUCACAGGAAAUUACACAGUUUGUCAGAAAGAACUCUGCUGCCAUCUAAGCUACAAGAUGUCUGAGAAGAAACCAGAUGAAGUUUAUGCCCUAGGGGCAUUUGAUGGACUACAUAUUGUCGAAGGGAGUUAUUAUCUACAGAUUUGUACUCUGCUGAAGUGUAAAACACCAAACUUACGCACUUGUGGUGAUGCGGUUGAAUCUGCUUCCACCAGGUUUGAAAUGUUUUCCCUCAGUGGCACUUUUGGAACCCGAUAUGUCUUCCCUGAGGUGUUGCUGAGUGACAGUCAGCUUGCACCUGGGGAAUUUCAGGUGUCAAGUGAUGGACGCUUGUUUAGCGUGAAGCCGCCAUCGGGACCUGUCUUGACCGUAACUCUGUUUGGGAGGUUGUACGAGAAGGACUGGAUAUUAAAGGCUUCAUCAGACCUCAGGGCACAAGCACCGCGAGUAAUGCUCGUAGUUAUAGCACUGACUGUGUGCUCAUUCAGUUGGUCUCCUAUAGGCUGAAUUAUGUCCCCCCUCAAAUUCACGUAUUGAAGUCUGAAUUCCAUACCUCAGAAUGUGAUUGCAUUUGAAGAUAAAGUCUUUUAAGAGGUAAAAUGAUGGCAUUAGGGUGGGCCCUAAUCCAAUAUGACUGGUAUUCUUAUAAGAAGAGAAGAUUAGGACAUAAACACUAUGGAAACUAUGUGAAACUAUGGAAGAUGGCCAUCUACAAGCCAAGGAGAAAGGCCCUCAGAAGAAAUCAACCCUGUUGACAGUUUGAUUUGGAUUUCUGGCCUCCAGACUCUUGAGAAAAUAAAUUUCUGUUGUUUAAACUAAUCCGUGGUACUUUAUAAUGGCAGCCCUAGAAAACCAGUACAAAUUCUAAUCCCCUCUCCUCUCCAUUUCUACCAUAAAUUGAAGCUUAAACAGAAUGGUUACCUAGUUAAGAAGAUCCAGCUAUCCUGGUUCCAUGAGACUCAACUAGAUACUCUCAGAGAAGCAUUGCUGAACUGAUGCUGAAACCAUCAGACCAUCUGGAUGUUGGGAAAGCAGAAAGUCACACGGAUGAAAUCAUGUAAUUGAUCUGUCCUUAAAUAUUCUUUUUUAGUAACAAAAGAAUCUGUUGAUACAACUUAGUGAAACAAAGGACAUCGUUGAAGUCAAAAACAUCUCUCAACCGGUAGACUAUCCACAUAGCCCGAGAUCAGCCCCACACUAUACGAAGCAUGCCCUUCUGCGAAGGAGAGCAUGAUCCAUACCAGUAAUAUAUCAUUUUGAAAUAAACAUUUUUGUGGUAGAUACUUUUCAAAAAAAUACUAUCUCAUCCAAUAAUAUUUGAGUAAAAUUCACCUUAUACUUUUGGGUGAUGUUAACUACCUUUUAAAAAGGGCCCAUUAGAAAAUAACCCCCUAUGUAUUUAGGGACCACAAUCAUCAUGGCAAGCCUCAAUACUUCA